UAAUUUCUCUUGAGGUUCAUUGUUUUUUUAGGCUAUUGUGCUUGUUGCGUAAAUAUAUGUAUUUUGAAAUUUUAUAGGCCGUUGGUGGCCCUUUUUUUAGCAAAUAAACAUUAAAUAUACAAUUGAACUGAAUUCAAUGCGGAACAAUAACAGCAUUUGCCGUUUCAACUUUAAACUUCUAGACGUUUAAAAAAAAAGUUUGAUACAAUUGCUGGUACUAUUAGCAUCCAGUUUUCUGUUACCUCUACAAUAACACUACAAUCUGCAACAAAACGGAAAAGAAGGACACUUAGAAACUCAGACUCGUGACUCGAGAGUUUGUUUUGUUUGUGCUGUAGUAAUAGUAGUCACCCAUGGUUUAACGUUGUAUUCGUUGGCUCCAUUGCUUUCAAACAGCAGCACUUAAUAACUCCGUUGGCAUUUGUAAGAAAAGAAGGAAUUUCAAUAAUUAUAAGUACUGUGUGCUGUGUUAGUAUCAACUCAGUUAAAGGGCUGGCUGAUCUCGGAUUAUAGGGUGAAUUGACUUUAAGACUAUUAAAGUACUGCAGGCCUACUAUGGCUCAAGCCUUGGAUGUAUAAACAAAGGUUCAAAGUCAAAACGACGUUCCAAAUUCACUUGGUGUCGUUUCACUUAUCGUAGUAGUAACAAGAUCUGGAAUUUCCAAGAUGUCUCAGACGAAGCGGAUGAACGGACGCUUUCUGUCUGUUACUUUGCCGGGGAUUGUUAUGGUUGUGAUGGUGACAUUCUUUCUUCUUUCAAACCAAAACGGGUAUUGGACCAGUGUACUAUAUAGCACAGGAACUCUCUCAGCGCCUCCAUUCAAGCAGACGCCCAGAAAGCAACUAAAGAGCGAUAACAUACCAUUUUUGAUUCAGCAACGAGAGAUUCAAGAAAGUAGACGCAGACACUUAAAAUCAGCGUGUUUGAAAUACAACAUACCACAGUCUGACGUCAUUAGUAACCCACCGUGGAAUUUAUAUCUGGACACAAAUCAUAAACUACUAUAUUGCAAUAUCCCAAAAGUGGCAUGCACAAGUUGGAAGCGGGUUAUAUUAGUUUUAACUGGAGUAAUGAAACACACGGAUGACAUGGAACAAAGGGUGGUAAAUAGAUACGGAAGAUCACAGUUAACUUCACUGAGUAAGAUACCAUUUAAGGAUCGACAAGAAGUCUUAGAUACGUAUACCAAAUUCAUGUUCGCUCGACAUCCUUUUUCGCGGGUUUUAUCCGCCUUCAAUAAUAAGAUCAAUCCAAAUACCACCGAUUCUAAAACAGUAUGGACCCAACGGCAGCAACUAAUAGCUUCAAUAGAGGGUGAAGAACAAGGCCCAACCUUUAUUAAAUUUUUACGAUAUAUAUUAGGUAUGACGCCUGAUGAAGACGAUCGUCAUUGGAGUACGGCCACGAACAUGUGUCUUCCGUGCGAUAUAGAUUAUGACGUCAUUGGAAAGUUUGAGACAUUGUCUGACGAUGCAAACUAUAUAUUGAAAUUAGCGAAUGUGGAUCAUUUGGUUGAGUUCCCUUCAGCAAAAGGAAGCAGUCCAACGAACAGCUCUAAAAAAGACACGUUGCAAAUGCAGUUCGACGGCAUACCGCUUAACAUUGUACACAACCUUUAUGAAAAAUACAUUCUUGAUUUCCGAUUAUUUAAUUAUUCAAUACCGAAACUAAAUUUUUUUUGAAUAAAUUUUAAUUGAAUGAUAUCUAAAUGUUAUUGCACAUUUAGUAGACAACUGCCAACAAUAACGAUCAUUAAACUUGCAAGCAAUGUUUAA